AUGGGUUUGAGUGGAGGUUUAAUGCUAUUGUGGAACAGAGAUGUGGAAGUCUUGCAAAUAGUUAAACAUAAUUUUUGUAUCCAAGUGAAGUAUAAGACAAAGGAUGUGGAUUGCCCUGAGUGGAUGAUAUUUGUGUAUGGGAGUACAGACAAUCACAUCAGGGCAUUGGAGAUGGACAAGGGAUUAUGGGGAGAUAAGUGGUGCAUUGGGGGAGACUGGAAUGCAAUUAGGCGUAAUAGUGAUAAGAGAGGAGGAAGGGUUAGACCUGAGAGGAGCUAUGAUACUUUUAAUGCUUUCUGUGCCAAUAUGGAAAUGAUGGAGGGUAACAACAGGCAAGGUGAAGGCUUUGUGGAGGAGAAAAUUGACAGGGUCUUUGGUUCUUUUGCUUGGGUUUCUUCUUAUUCAGGAGCAAAAGUCACUUCUCAGAUUAGGAGUGUGUCUGACCAUUCUAUGUUAAUAUUGGAUUCUGGCUGCCAAAAGGCUAAGUUCUUUACGAGAUUUGUGUUUGAUAAAAAGUGGCUGAAAAUGGAGAGGUGUGCUGAGGAAGUUGAACAGGCUUGGGGUGAGGAAGUGGAUGGGAAUCCAAUGGUGCAGGUUAGAGCGAAGAUAAAAAGAACAAGAAUGGAUAUUAUCAAAUGGAACAAAGUGUUCAAAUCAGACAAUGCCCAGAAGAAUCAGACUCUGACUUUGAGAUUAGAGGAGACGAGGAAGUUAGGGGAGGUGACAGAACUACAGCUACAAUGGGUGAAAGAGUUGCUGACAGAGGAUGGUAUAGAUUGGGACAGAGAUAUUGUCCACAGCCUAUUUACUGAUGACUCAUGUAAAGCUAAUCUAGAGAUGAAAGACCUAGAUCCUACUGAAAAGGUAGAUGCAAAAGGUAGAUUUACUGUCUCAUCCGCUUACUCAGUUGCACUACGGCCUCGGCAAGGGCUGGCGAUGGACGUGCGAGCAGGGGCUUCGGUGGUCGAUCUCGGGGUGCGGUUGUUGGGCGUCGAGCUUGGCCUGGCAUCGUUGGCGAGGCGUGGUCUACUCACGGAGGGUAGUGAGGGAGGGCCGACCAGUGGCCGGUCGAUCUCGGAGUGGGGUCGAUUUGAUUGCCGGGGGUCGUCUGGCGAGAUGGCAUGCGUCGGGCGAUGGGAUGCUGGCGUGCGAGCGAUGAUGUGCGCGGGCGAUAGCGGUUGUGGAAGGGUGGUGCGGCCGAGAGAGAUGAGGGAUUUGAGGGUUGACUUGUCUCAGUUUUUUGAGACGCGAGGAGGGUUAGAAAAAUUCAAAACUUUCUUUAGAGAGAGAGAGCUAAUUGGCGUGAAGAUGUGA